AUGAUACCAGUUAAAAUCAGCGAGCAAAGUCCUAGGGUGAGCUUCUACGACGAGGUCGGGAAUAUACAGGGGCACAAAGAAGAGCUCGAGUUACUCCCUGAAAUCCGAGAACAAGCCCAGAUAAGAGAAGCAGCGUUGAAACAAAGGAUGACAAACAGAUACAACAAGAAGGUCAUUCGAAGAAGUUUCACCCCAGACGACUUGGUUUUGAUCAGAAAUGACAUUGGAGUCAAUAAAUCUGGGGAUGGAAAGCUUGCUGCCAAUUGGAAAGGACCAUACAAAAUUAGAGAGGUCUUUGGAAAAGGCUACUAUAAGGUGACCGACUUAAACGGCACCAAGCUACCUAGCUGUCCCAAAAUCUUUGAGAAAAAUGCACAAAAUGAUAAACCAGAAUCCGAAACCUCUGGACUAACAACAGUGACAUCAUCUACCGAAAGAAAAAGAUCUGUAAUAGGAAAUAUACAUGUGCUCUUCAACCCAAAUCGUGGAGACAUCAAACUUGGCCAGGUCAGACUUUUACUUGAUAAAGCUUACAAGUUAUCAGAAGAAUGGGGUAGUAUCCCUGUUAUUAUUGCUGGGGAUUUAAAUAGUCUUCCACAGAGUGCAAUAUAUGAAUUCCUGGCUUCUUCCAAACUAGACAUCCAAUUGCAUAAUCGUAAAAAUAUGUCCGGACAACUUGAAAUACAGUCCAAUAGCAGAGUUUUCAGAUCACAGAUUGGUUAUGAAGCUAGCAUUUCAAUAUCCCAUUCUAGGCAAUUUCUUCACGGAUGGACCAUGGAAGAACUAAACCUUGCAACUGGCACAAUUGGAGCCGCCAAUCUUCAGCAUCAUCUAAACCUCCGCAGUGCUUACAGUAGUGUUCCUGGAAACCAUGGUACAAGAGAUGAUAUUGGGGAGCCCUUGGCAACAUCAUACCACUCCAAGUUCAUGGGAACUGUUGAUUAUAUUUGGCAUUCGGAGGAACUCACUCCAGUAAGAGUUCUUGAAACCUUAACCAUUGAUAUUCUUAGAAGAACUGGACUCCCCAGCGAGUUAUUUCAUCAUAAAGAAGCAUAUCAUUAAGUAGGAUUGUGAAUUGCACCUGAUGAUUGGAAGUAAACAUCAUGUCACAAACGAGCUGCAAACCCUCCUCACCAGCUCCGAUGUUGCAUGCAAAUGCUUUCAGAUGCUUCAAGCAAUUUCUGCAUCGUGAAAGGGCUACGUAUGCACUGGUUGAGUUUCAGAGAGUAUUCUAAUUGAGGGCCUCAUCACCCUUUUUUAGCUAUGAUUGUAGAACUCCAAUUCAAUACAAAUUAUGGCAUAAUGUUUAAACCUUCCUACAUUGCAACUCCUUGAUAUUAUGUUAAAAACAUCAGUCUUGUUAAGUCACAUCAUUCUUGUAAUUUUUUUUCUUUUGUUUGCUCAAGUUUCAUGGAACGGCCUAUAACACUACUUUG